CUUAUAGUGUGUUGUAUUGACUGAAACACUACUUAUUGUAAUCGUAUGUCAGUUUCAGUUCACUUUGAGAGCCAAACUGUGAACGCAAUUAAACUGCACUUAAUAUUACAGUAAAUACUAUUAAAUGCCAACAAUUAUUAUAGACAUCGUUUGAUGGAUCAAUUGGCCGAAGACUAUCACAUAAUUGUAUUUGAAUUAUCAGUUUAUCGACAUAUCAUUAUUGUUGGUCACCGAUAGCUAUCCAACCGAUACCCAUAUUGUUUGUAUAUUAAUGCGAUGACUGUCUCUACAAAGCCAUUGAUAAUAUAAUAUCGAGUGAAAGGCAUUUGUGUUGUUAUUAUUGUUGUCGUUAUAACCUAAUUAUCGGAUCAAUUGAAGUGAUCGCUGCAGACUAACGAUGUCAAACAUAUCGGAUAAUAUAAAUGCUGUGGUAAUUGAUUGCGUUUAUUGUAAUAAAGAUAUUAUUAUUAUUACACAAGAUUUGAUAAUCACUUGAAUUAUUUUUGUUGACAUCAAUUGAGACCUAAUUUCCUUUAAAUUGUGUCCGACUUUUAAAAAAGUGUUUUCAAUCAAAGAGUUUGUUGUUUAGAGACAAUAAUUGUUUUAAUUUAUUGAUAAUUAAGUUGAUGUCUGGUGUUAGACCACUGUAAACGAUGAGUAACGACGAUCCACACAUGUUUCCAAUGGAUCCGAUGGACGAAUCGGACAGUAUCGGCGAGUUUGACCAAUCGGAUGACGCCAUUAUUACGCCUCAUCAGAUUGUCGACUACGAGCCGACCAGUAUUCGCGACUUAUGUGAAGAGAACGGAACAAUUCUGGACUCAGUCGAGUUGACCGAACAAAUGGUGAACUCGGGCCACGAGAGGACGUCGACGAAGGACUUUGAGCUAUUGAAGGUAUUGGGAAAAGGCGGCUACGGAAAGGUGUUUCAGGUGCGCAAAGUGACCGGAAAAAACACGGGUAAAGUAUAUGCCAUGAAAGUGCUCAAAAAGGCAACCAUUGUCCGCAACCAGAAGGACACCGACCAUACAAAAGCCGAACGCAAUAUAUUAGAGUCAGUGAAACACCCGUUUAUUGUUGACCUCAUUUACGCUUUUCAAACGGGAGGCAAAUUGUAUUUAAUUCUCGACUACUUGAGUGGUGGCGAACUGUUUAUGCAUUUGGAACGGGAGGGCAUUUUCUUAGAGGACACGGCCUCCUUUUAUAUAUCGGAGAUCAUAUUGGCUUUGGAGCAUUUGCACAAAUUAGGCAUUAUCUACCGUGACCUCAAACCCGAAAAUAUUUUGCUCGACUAUCGCGGACACGUCAAGCUUACCGACUUUGGACUCUGCAAAGAGGCCAUUCAAGACGGCAAGUUGACCCAUACGUUUUGUGGUACUAUUGAAUAUAUGGCUCCUGAAAUAUUGACCAGAGUUGGCCACUUUCACGCCGCCGAUUGGUGGUCAAUGGGAGCCCUUAUGUAUGACAUGUUGACGGGCGCUCCGCCGUUCACCGGUGAGAACCGCAAGAAGACUAUCGAUAAGAUUCUGAAAUGCAAACUAAAUCUUCCGCCAUAUUUAACACCCGAUGCACGCGAUCUGAUUCGUAAACUACUGAAGCGUCAAGUAAAUCAACGUCUAGGCGCCGGACAAGACGAUGCCGUUCCCAUUAAACGACAUCCGUUCUUCAGACAUGUCAAUUGGGAUGACGUAUUGGCUCAAAAAGUUGAGCCGCCAUUCAAACCGGUGCUGAGCAGUGAUGACGACUGUUCACAAUUUGAUACUAAGUUUACAAAACAAACGCCUAUUGACUCACCCGAUGAGUCAUUGCUCAGCGAAUCGGCGAACAAUGUAUUCUUGGGCUUCACUUAUAUAGCGCCGUCCGUUUUGGAAGAGAUGCACAAACCAACUAAACCAAGAAAUUAUUCGCCGCGAAAGGCAAAUGCCAGUCCAGAUAUACUUAACUAUCACUUGAAAGGUACGCCCAAACAGAUCCACUUCGGCAGCCCAGACAUCAAUGGCAGGUAUGCAAAGUUGAGUGAAGUCGAAGAAAUGGACUGUUCUAAUCCGUACUCUAAUAAUAACAUUACUUCUAUAUUUAAUACAAAAACACCGAACCGGUCGCCAUCACUACCCGUCAAAAAUAUAAAGAAAGUGAGUGACAAUAAACAUAAUGGCAAUGAACACAAUAAGAAAAAAUAAUUGAAUCAAAUCUUUAUUGUUAUUAUUAUUAUUAUUGAUUAAUUAAUUAUUAAUAAUCUAUUAUUUGGUUUUGAUAACUCUAAAAAUAAAAUUUUCAUUAA